CUAGUGCCCCCUUUCCUCCAUUAGCUUUUGGUAACUCUUUAAUUCUCCCGCUCUUCGACACAGUUCUUCGCACUCAAGUCUCCUUCUUCGAACUCGCAAACUCUCAGUCUCUAAAAUGGCUGACGAAAAUUUUGAGCAACCUGAGAUGGGUAACUUGCAUGACACAGAAAACGUGGAUAAUAGGGACGGUGCUCAAUUCAACAAUAAUUUGAAUGGCACAGAUAAUGGCCAUGGCUCUGAUCAUGUACACGAUGCUGAUCACGUGCACGACGCAGAUCACGUGCACGACACAGUUCACGUGCACGACGCAGAUCAUGUGCACACCACAGAUAACGUGAACCAUGCAGAUCAUGUGCAAGACGCUGGUAAUGUCCAUGGUACAGAGGACGUGCAUAACAUGGAUGAUAUUCAUGAUUCAGAUGCUAUUCAUGGUGUGGAUAAUGCACCUGAGGAGACUCAUCCUUCUGAAGAGGUACAAGUUGCUCGAAUUGAUUCAGGAGCCAGCGAAGAAAAACGAUGGCCUGGCUGGCCAGGAGAAAAUGUUUACAGGAUGUUAGUUCCUUCUCAGAAGGUUGGUGGUAUCAUUGGCCGCAGAGGAGAGUAUAUUAAAAAGACCUGUGAGGAGACAAAAGCUCGCAUUAAGGUUCUUGAUGGUCCUCCUGGGACCACUGAAAGAGCUGUUCUUGCCCCAUAUAAGGAAACAUUUCAAUGAAAGUGCGCUUUGUACUAGAAGAACCAAGAUCCAGACUGCAGUCAUCAGCAUUGAGCAUUACAAGUGCUGAAAAGUUUUUCUGACAAUCCAUGAGAAUUGGCUUCAUCCAAUAUGAGUUUCAAGAAGCAUUGCACCAUGUCUGGUAACUUCAAAACUUGGUUGGUGUCUUGCCAGAAGGUGUUCACUGUAUGAAAGAGGAAGUUAACAAACGUAACUAACAAUUUGCAGGACAUAACUUCCAGAUUAAGAACAUUCAAAAUCAUUUAUACAUAUGAAAAAUCAUAAAGUUGAAGUUUAUAUGCUGGGGUAUAAUCGAACAUGAAGCUUGUAAAAGGAGUUGAGUAGAAUUCAUCUUUUUAAUUUAUGAGAAGUUGCGCAAAAUCUAGCAGCAGUGUUUUUUCAAUUGACUAUACCAGAAGGAUAAGAACUUGCUUCUAUAUUUCUGUGGGUAUAUAUAGCUAAAUAGUCUUGAAAUAAAUGAAACGUUGGAUCUGUAUUUUUUUUUUUUGAAUUGGUAACUAUUGUAUAUAUUAAAACAUCAGUACAUAGGUUGCACUGAAAACCAAAUUUACAUGAAGAGGAUUAGUAGAUGUUCUAAUUCGAGACCUAGCAAGAUCCUAGUAUGUCUAUGAUUGUCAAUGUAUCUUCUAUGUAAAUCUGUUUGCACCAAAAACAAAAAAGAAGAAUACAGAGUUUGAUCUUCUGCACUGGAUUGCUUCUAUCUUCAAAACAUCUCGCGUUCCUUUCCCUCCAAACUGUCCACCAGAUACAAGCCGGGACAGUCCUCCAUCUAUCUCUACUAGUUGCUUCAGCUUCAGCUUCUUCCCAGCUAUAAAGGACAUCUUUAAGCUUGUAUGGCAUUGAUCAUAAAAUACCCCUAAGACUAAUAAAGAUUUUCCAUAGUUGGUCUGUAAUCUUGCAAUGUAGAAACAAAUGUGUGACAGUUUCAGCAUUUUCCCCGCACAGAAAACAUCUUGAGCACAGAGAAAUUCCCCUUUUUAUGAGAUUAUCCAGGGUUAAUACCGCCUCAUUUGCUAGUAGCCAAGUGAAGCAAGCUACCUUGUAUGAAAUCUUUGUUUUCCAUAUAUGUUUCCAAGGUCAUGGGUCCUCCUGUUGAUUAUUAUGAUUUAAAAUCUUAUAUGCAUCCUUCACCCGGUAAACCCCUCUGUUGUGCCUCUUCCACCAAAGUGAAUCAAAACCUUCCUGUAAUCCUUUAAAUGCUUCCAGCUCUUUGUAAAGGUCAACUAAUCUUGUUAUCUCCCAGUCAUUCAACUGUCUUCUUAGAGCGAUUUCCCAUCCUUGAUGACUCCUCAUAUCAGCUACUGUUUUAUGCUGGUUUUGUGCUAAACCAAACAUAUCGGGAUAUCUUUCCUUUAAGCUUCCGUUUCCUAACCAGUUAUCAUUCCAGAAUGAUGUGUUUCUUCCGUUGUUCACUCUUAUGGAGGAGUGAUUCUUCAUUAUAGGCCA